AUGGUGUGCAUGAUCCGCUUUGCUAAAAUUGGGUUUUACAGAGGAGAUGUGCAGAUAACCAAUGCUUUUGAUUCAUCCAUGAUUUGUUUCGAUCCUGACUUAUCUGAAUGUCUGGCUUUAAAAAACAAUAUGCCAAAUGAUGAGUUUGCUCUUGCUCUAACUGAUACAAAGAAUGAUAAGCGUCCGAUCAAGGAUCAAAUUGAUGAUUGGAAUGAUGUGGGUAUUAAAUCUAUCUCUGAAAUCAUCAUGGCAACUCAGGAUGAGGAUUGCAAAAUAAUUUGCUCAAUCGAAUCUAUUGAUACGGAUUGGAGCUGGUUUAUUUUUGUUCAUGUUAGCCGGAACAGGUGUAACAAACGUUGCCUUCGAAUCAAAUCAAAGGAAGGUGGUAAUUUGCCUCCAAAUGAGAAACCAUUAUUCUGGUGCACAUCAUGUCGUGUUAAUACCACCACCGUAACCCCAGAAUUCAAAUUGCAUCUGAUUGUCAAGGAUGACACAAGUACUUGCAAACUGAUGCUUCUUGAUUCUGUUGCUAAAGUCGUUGUGGGCUGCGAUGCUAAAGAUAUUUGGGAUGGUUCCUAUGAAGAGAUUGAGGAUCCAGAUAUUUUGCCUCAAGCUAUAACAGAUUUGGUUGGAAAAUCUAUUUGUUUUGGUCUUACUCUUGGCUCUGAAAAUGUUAAAAAUGGAUCAGACAUCUUUCUGGUUUCACAAGUAUGGUCUGGUGAUAAUAUUCUCCAAAUCGAGUCCAACUCUGAGCCUAUUACUCAUGCUAGCUCUGCUUCAUCAAUAAUGUCCGGUGGAGAGAAAAAAAGUGAAGCAAAUUCAUCAGAAGGUUCUUCAACCCCAUUUUCAAAGCGUAAGGAAAAAGAUCAAGUUGAUCAGACUUCAACUUCCAAAAAACUUUGCACCAAGGUGGUGAAGAUGGAGAAGAUUAAAGACGACGAGCUGAAUGCUUAG